GGAGUCAUCAUUGUUUGGGCCAAAUAACACAAGCCAAGCCUAUUUUUUCUCUGAGUGCAGCUGUCUAAAGUCGAUUUGGGGGCGUUUGAAAUUCAUUCCACGGUGACAUCAGCAAGUUUGUGGCUUUCACUUUGAUGGUGCUUCCUUUGUCGCGUCCGAGUGAGUGUGCGCCAUGAAGUAGCUCUUCGGCCACGUUAGCUGGAGUGUUAAUUGUUAGAAUUUCCGAGCGAACUGCUGCUGAAAGGCCGAUCACUAAGUCAGGCGUGGCCACGGACAACUAGAAAGCGCAGUGCCAGUUUGAGGUGGCAGCGAUUGGCUCGUCAAAAAUCAAGUCGGUUAUUUUUUCCAUCAGCAGAGCAACAUGAAGCGCCAGAUUAUUUGGUGUCUAUUUUUGUGGUCACGGCUUGGCUGCACCGUCAGCACAAUCGUGGACGUGUACAUCGCUCUGGGGCAAACGCUGACUGUACGGCCUCAGCUUCAAGGCCCCAUCCAGAACUUAGAGUGGAAGCGGAACCGCAACCUUCUCGCCGAAUCGUACGGAGCGGAAGUGACAUUAUACGACAACAGAGUCUCUUUGAAUGCGAGCAACGGCGUGCUGGAGCUUGUGCGUGUGGUGGCGACGGACGCGGGCAGGUUGACGCUGUCCGUGAACAACAUACAGCAGGAGUACGUCUUUGUCGUCAAGGUGAUCAGACACGUACCCGAACCGGAAGUGCAGCCGAACCCUCUGCCAUGCUCCGAACAAUUCGAGAGCUGCAUGCUGCACUGCGGUGGGAACACGAUCGGCGCAGAGCCAAUCACGUAUUCAUGGAAAACCGAACCCGUAAAGAAAAUGACGGAAGGACGGAACCGAAGCAUCGACCGGACAAGCGACUCGAUCAGAAGCUUCGUUUGUGUCAUGCAGAAUCCGUUGGGCCAGAGGGAGAGCCAAGCAUUCGCCAAUCCGUUCUACCGGGAUCAAUCCUUGCACGGCUUGGGACCCGGUGAGAUCGUGGCCCUGUACGUCGCUCUGGGGCAAACGCUGACUGUAUGGCCUCAGCUUCAAGGCCCCAUCCAGAGCUUAGAGUGGAAGCGGAAUAGCAACCUUCUCGCCAAAUGGGACGGAACGGAAGUGACGGCAUAUGACGACCGAGUCUCUUUGAACGUGAGCAACGGCGUGCUGGAGCUUGUGCGCGCGGUGGCGACGGACGCGGGCAUGUUUACGCUGUCCUUGAACAACGUGCAGCAGAAUGACGUCUUCGUCGUCAAGGUGAUCAGACACGUACCCGAACCGGAAGUGCAGCCGAACCCUCUGGCGUGCUCCGAGGAAUUCGAGAGCUGCACGCUGCACUGCGGUGGAAACACGAGCGGUGCUGAGCCUAUCACAUAUUCAUGGAAAACCGAACCCGUAAAGAAAAUGACGGGAGGACGGAACCGAAGCAUCAACCGGACAAGCGACUCAAUCAGAAGCUUCGUUUGUGUCAUGCAGAACCCGUUGGGCCAGAAGGAGAGCCAAGCAUUUGCCAAUCCAUUCUACCGGGAUCAAUCCUUGCACGGUUUGGGACCUGGGGAGAUCGUGGGCGUGAUCGUGGCCGUGGCCGUGAUCUUGGCCGCUCCGCUUCUGGUCUACUUGCUGUGGCGCAAGAAACAAAGCAACGCAGAAAUCAGCGAGCCCAACGAAUCUGGGCGUGGAACUAACUUGGAAAUGUCCAAACCAUUGCGAAGCGACAAUUGACCGGUGAAGUUUCCAAGGCAACACGAGGACUGUUACUUGAUCGGGAUGUCCAAUCCAAGCGCAAUCACCAUGGAGACGGAUGUCAACCUCUCUGUUGACAGCUUUGACUUUUCUACUGGCAUGAAGAUGAGACUCAUACGACUUCAAUAUGUCAGUUGUGACACACAGGAAGUCAAAAUGUAAUCAGCUAUGCUAUGUCUUCUUGCAUUUAGAGCUCCUGUUUGCCUGUGAAAUAACACUUGUUCUGCUUUAAGUUUUGGGGGCUAUCAAAUCUUUCUAUUAGUUAAUCCGUGUGUGACUUUCGUCAUCCAUGUGUCAAAUAUUUCCCCAUCUAAAUGAAGCAAUCAGUUGAGUUCAGAGCUACCCUAAAGCCCUAAAUUUGGAUCUACACAACUGUUCUCUUUAUGUACUGUAUUUUCUGCACCAUGAGGCACACUUCAAAGCCCAUAAUUUUCUCCCAAAACGAAAGUGCGCCUUUUAAUAAGGUGUGCCUUGUGUUUCUACCGAAUUUCAAAAUCUGUAAAGUUGUUUUGUGUGGCUUCCGUAAUAUACAGGCGUAAUAUGUAGACCCAAUGAACCAAUCAGAGGACAUUACGUUUUACGUAGA